AUCAUGUCGACAGGCAUCAUGAAAACUUUUAACUUUCUACUUUUGACUAGUUUGCUGUUUGCUGAAACUAUCCUGGGAGCGUAUCGUGUCAGUUGUCCAGCUCUGAUCGAGGCAGUAGAAGGGGACGCUGUGACUCUGCGGGGUUCUCUGCGUCCUCCGGUCAACUUGUCUCCUUACACAGUGGAUCUGAAGAGACUCGACCUCCGUGACGACCUCGUCCACGUGUACCGACAUGAACAAGAUGAUUUCCUCUCACAGAGUCAUCGCUUCAAACACAGAACUACCCUGGUCCACGGAGACCUGGUCCGAGGAGACGUGACUCUGCAGGUCUCCCCGGUAAACCUGUCUGACGCAGGACGGUACGAAGUCUACGUCCCAAAACUGAAAGCCCGAUGUGGUUUUAACCUCACUGUUGAAAGAAAAGCGAACAGGACAAAGAGAAAUGAUUUCACCACGUCUGGACGUCCAGUGGAGGACGAGACCGAGUCAGAGCAUCGGGAUGUUGAGAACUGGAAGCUUCCCUGUGUUGUUAUCCUUCCCGUUGGUUUCCUCCUCCUGGUCCUGUUUCUGAUGAAAGAACACAUCAUGCCAGAGACAGCUGCAGCUUUAAUCCACAUUAACGCUGAGAUGUGA